AUGAGUAAUACAGACUUUCUUGGGCGGGCUAUCGACACGGUCAAGAAGGCCAUCGACCACGACAAUGCGGGCGAGUACGAGAAGGCUUAUCAGCUCUACUACUCCGCACUGGAGCUAUUCAUGCUCGCGCUCAAGUGGGAGAAGAACCCCAAGUCGAAGGAGAUGAUCCGGGCCAAGACGGGCGAAUAUAUGGACCGCGCAGAGAAGUUGAAGAACCACCUGGCCAACAGUGAGAAUCGAAAGAAACCGAGCGCUGUGAGCGCGAAUGGCAAAGUGGCGCAGGGGAGUGGGAAGGCGAAGGAAGACGACGACAGCGAAGACGCUGAGGCCAAGAAGCUGCGAGGCGCCUUGCAGGGAGCGAUCUUGUCAGAGAAGCCCAAUGUUCGAUGGGAGGAUGUCGCAGGCCUCGAAAGUGCCAAGGAGGCACUCAAGGAGGCCGUCAUCUUGCCCAUCAAAUUCCCACACUUGUUCACCGGCAAGCGACAACCAUGGAAGGGGAUAUUACUCUACGGGCCUCCGGGAACGGGAAAGUCGCACCUUGCCAAGGCAGUCGCUACGGAAGCCAACAGUACAUUCUUCAGUGUCAGCAGUAGUGAUUUAGUGUCGAAGUGGAUGGGUGAGAGCGAAAGACUGGUCAAGCAAUUGUUUACUAUGGCCCGAGAAAACAAGCCGGCCAUCAUCUUCAUCGACGAAGUUGACGCGCUGUGUGGACCACGAGGAGAAGGGGAGUCUGAAGCGUCCCGACGGAUCAAAACCGAACUACUUGUGCAGAUGGACGGUGUGGGCAAGGAUUCGAGAGGCGUGCUGAUUCUGGGCGCAACCAAUAUUCCCUGGCAACUCGACGCAGCAAUCCGACGACGAUUCCAGCGACGGAUUCACAUCAGUCUCCCUGACGUCAACGCACGGAUGAAGAUGUUCAUGCUGGCCGUGGGCUCCACUCCGUGCGAGUUGACGCAAGCCGACUAUCGACACUUGGCAGAGAUUAGCGAGGACUUUUCAGGCAGCGAUAUCAGCAUAGCAGUCCAAGACGCUUUGAUGCAACCUAUCCGCAAGAUUCAAACCGCAACACAUUACAAAAAGGUUAUCGUCGACGGAGUGGAGAAGCUCACACCGUGCUCACCUGGCGACCCCGGUGCAAUGGAGAUGUCCUGGAUGGACAUAGAGUCUGACCAGCUCCUGGAGCCGCCCCUCGUACUGAAGGACUUCGUCAGAGCUAUCCGCAAUUCUCGACCGACGGUCAGCCAAGAAGACCUCGAAAAGAACGCAGAGUGGACACAGAUGUUUGGCAGCGAAGGACAGUGA